AUGGCGGCGACUCAAUUGGGCCUAGAGGUCGCAUUCUACCUCUACCCCUGCGGCCUCUUUGUUACCCUGUUGUCGUCACAGUCCUAUCAGUUCUACCGUGACCGCCAUGGCGUCACGCGUCAGAACGCGACUGACGAUGAGCAGAAGAGAACCUCGCGGUUUUACGCGUUGAUAAUCCGGUGCUUUCAGCUGCUUCUUUCCCUGUUGCUACUCGCCACUAUCAUUCUUGCCGUCCAUGAUGCGGUUGCUAGCCAAUAUGAUGGGCCUGGAAAGGUUGCCUUUCCCUUUAGCGCCUUCCUGGCGUCCUACGUUGCGGUCCUCCUGUAUUACCUGGCUGGUCUGCUGCCCGAUCCGGAGGGCCCAUGGACCCCGACGUCGGCUCACUUCUAUGCAUGGAUCGUUGGUGCACUAUUCGAAGCCUUUAUUGCCGCCAUCUUCUCUUCAGAGAAGAACUCGUUCCGCGUGGCCAACGACCUGCUCGAUGUGCUUGACAUCUUGGGUGCUGCCAGGAUCGUCGUCUUGGUGGCUAUGAUGAGUUGCCUUGUUCUUAGGGACCACAAGAUCAAGCCAUCGCAACCCAAGUCGGACCCCGAGGAGCGACAGUCUCUUCUCGGCAACGGGAACGGUGCAUCUCAAAACUAUGGCGGCGCUCAUCCUCAUGGAGCAGCUGCAUACAAGCCCCCUGCGAGGACUCAGGUCCAGGGCACGGGAUGGCUGGACUACUUUGCGGGAUUCCGAGUCCUGUUCCCGUAUCUUUGGCCCAAGGACUCUCCCGCCUACCAGUGCAUUGUCGUCAUUUGCCUGUUGCUCCUGGUCUGCCAACGAACUGUGAACGUUUUGGCCCCAGUCCAGCUCGGGGCACUUGUCGACGCUCUCGGUUAUGGCCGCAUCCCUUACAAAGAGAUUAUUCUUUACGUUGUAUACCGCGCCCUUCAGGGUAACCAAGGAGCUCUUGGUGCUGCAAGGUCGGUUCUCUGGAUUCCAGUCUCACAGUCGCUGUUUCGCCGACUGUCAUGCGCUGCAUUUGAGCACGUCUUGGGGCUUUCCCUAGAGUUCCACCUCAACAAGAAGAUCGGCGAGGUCACCAGUGCGCUGAGUAGAGGAGCCGCCAUGAACACCUUCUUGGAGAACUUCUGCUUCCAGGUUUUCCCCAUGGUGUUUGAUAUCUUCGUUGCUGGCGUAUUCUUCUUCGUCAAGUACGACGCCUUCUACACCAUCAUCAUCUUCUUCAUCAUGUGGUCCUACAUCUUCUUGACCAUCUAUGUCGCCAAGUACCGCGGCAAGCAAAGACGAGAUAUGGCAACUAAGAACCGUGAGAUGGAGGCCAUCAAAACAGACGCCAUUAUGGCAUAUGAGACUGUGCAGCACAACUGUGCCGUCGCACCCGAGACUGAAAGGUUCAAGGAGCAUGUCGUAGUGUACCAGAGGGCCGAGCGCCUGGUGCAGUGGUCUCUCAACUUUCUGAACCUCACACAAAGCUCCAUCUUCUCCCUCGGCACUGCAUUGCUUGUCGCCGUUUCCGCAUACAAGAUUUCCCGGGGCGAGCAGACGGUUGGCGAGUUUGUCAGCUUGAUCAACUACUUUGUGCAGCUGCAGGGCCCCUUGAACUUUUUUGGAACCUAUUACACCAUGCUCCAGAACAACUUAAUCGAGGCGGAAAGGAUGUUAGAUCUGUUCAAGGAAACGUCUGGAGUCAUCGAGAAGCCUGACGCUAUCCAAUUGCCGGCGGUUAAGGGAGAGGUAGCGUUCAACAAUGUCAAAUUCUCUUAUCAAAGCAAGAAGGGCGAGCCCGCGAUUGACGGCGUCAGCUUCACCGUCGCGCCCGGCACCAAGACAGCUAUUGUGGGAGAAUCCGGCAGUGGCAAGUCCACCUGCCUGAAGCUUCUUUUUCGCUUCUACGAUGUCAACGAAGGCUCGGUCUCUGUCGACGGUCACGACAUUAAGGAUCUGAAACUCGACAGCCUUAGGAGGAACAUUGGGGUUGUACCACAGGACACAGUUCUCUUUAAUGCGACUAUCAUGUACAACUUGCUUUACGCCAAUCCCAAGGCCACCCAAGAGGAUGUGUACGAGGCCUGCAAGGCGGCCAACAUCCACGAACGCAUCAUUACAUUCCCUGAUGGCUACGAAACCAAGGUUGGAGAGCGAGGUUUAAAGCUUUCUGGAGGUGAACGUCAACGGAUUGCCAUCGCGAGAGCAAUCCUCAAGGACGCCCCCAUUUUGCUUCUGGAUGAGGCCACCGCCUCCUUAGACUCUCACACUGAGAGGCUAAUUCAGGAUGCCCUCGAACGUGUGACCCAGGGACGCACCACAAUCACCAUCGCACAUCGCCUUUCGACCAUCACCACAUCUGACCAGAUCGUGGUGCUCCAUAAGGGCAAGGUGGUUGAGUGUGGCACGCACGCCGAGCUGCUGUCACUCGGCGGGCGUUACCACGGUAUGUGGGAGAAGCAGACCACGGCCGAGAAGAAAAUCAAGGAAAAGUUUGAGAAGGAGGGCGAAUCUUCAGAGACAGGAUCUCAGCAGUAA